AUGGAGCUGUUCAAGUUAGUCGCAUACUACAAUGGCAAAAAUGUGCCGUUUUCUGAGUGGGAAGAAUGGCAUGGUAUGCGCGCUUUUGGCGAAAACGAACCAAACAAAUGGACACCUGCAGGAUUGGCGGACUUGUUGUUUGAAGUGCUACCCCAUAACAGCGAAGUUGUGUCUAUAUACAUCGCUGGUUUAAUCAAGUUUGCCACUCCUGAGAGCGUAGCAAGAGCGAAAGAGCUGCACAAGGAAUUCGCAUCAUCUGGAGUCCUAUGUCGUGAAGCAUAUGACGCGCUGAUUUCUAUAGCAAGUUUCAAGGAUGCAAAGGGUUUGAUGAAGGAAAUGGCUGAGAAGAAAGUGAAACCAACCAUAAGCACGUGGAAUGCCAUGCUCGUAUCGGCCAAACAGAUGAACGCCUUACCGGAACGUUUGGCUGCGUUCGAGAACGUGAUUGGUGAGAUGCUUGCCGUUGGAAGUCAGCCAUCGCUUGAAACCUACCGAAUUAUUCUAAAUAAUAUUGUGGAGUCGAUUCCGAACAGUGAUUCUAAGGAUGCUGAAAAGAAGACGGAUAUAAUCUUG